AUGGGUCUCUAUGGUGCAGAUGACGAGUUGGGUACCAUAAAUCGCCUGACAAAGGACGUCGUACUCGCGGCAGCCAAGUCAGAGAUCCAAACCGGAGAACGAUUCUCCUUGAACUGGCCUUUAGAUGCUCUGGGCCAGAACAUGAUAAUCGGCCGCAAACCCUUCUCCAUGGAACAGUUCAACAAAGCUCCCCGAGUGGUGAACGACGACAUUUGGCAUUUCAACAGCCAGGGCAGUACACAGUGGGACGGACUGCGGCAUUUUGCGUACCAAAAGGAGGCCAAGUUCUACAAUGGCGUCGCUCUCGGAGACAUGUUUGACGAUGAUGGCUCGAUCAAAAGUCACCGAAACGGCGUCGACAGGUGGGAGAAGAAGGGAAUCGUCGGAAGGGGUAUUCUUGUCGACUAUGAUCGGUGGAGGCGCGCACAUGGUGUUGAGUACAACGUUCUUCCGCCCACGGCUGUGGAAGAGGGUCCAACUCCCACCCCCCUGGAGCAUCUCAAGGCUGUGUUGAAGUGGCAGGGAACCGAUGUACGCUUCGGCGACAUCUUGGUCCUCCGAACUGGAUUCGUUGCCGCUUACAAUGCUGCAUCGGAGGAUGAGCGACGAGCCGUUUCGAAAUCCGUGAAAGGUAGCGGCGUCGAGCAGUCGGAAGAAGCGUUGGCGUGGCUUUGGGAGAACUUUGCUGCUGUCGCUGGAGACCAUGUUUCUUUUGAAAAGUGGCCGUCGGUCAAACCGUGGUACAUGCACGAAGUGUUGCUCGCAGGUUGGGGUAUGCCAAUCGGAGAGCCAUUCGAUUGUGAAGCACUGGCCGAACAUUGUGCAAAAGUCAAGCGAUGGUCGUUCUUCUUGACAAGCGAAGUCUGUCACGUUCCUGGAGCAGUAGCAAGCCCGCCAAACGCACUGGCAAUUUUUUGA